AUGGGAAUAUUAAAGACGUAUGGAAGAGGAUCAGGCCAGAUGAUUAACAUGGAUAAGUUUUUAGUUUUCUUGAAUAAGAAUGUGGAGCAACACAAACAAGGAGAGAUCUGUAGCAUCUUAGGGAACAUAAGGGUGGUGAAGCAAGGAAAGUACUUGGGGCUGCCAAUGGUUGUCACAAAAAUGAAAGACCAAAAUUUUGGUUUCAUCAGAAAUAAAUGUCAGAAGAUGGUAUCUAACUGGUGCAAUAAACAGUUAAGUCUAGUAGGGAAAGAAGUCUUGCUGAAAGCCAUAACAAUGGCAAUGCCAACUUAUGUAAUGUCGGUUUUUAAGCUCCCAGUUAAGUUAUGCAAAGAAAUUAAUGGAUUGAUGGCCAGAUUUUGGUAG